AGGAAGCGCGCGGGGCUCCUCCGACGCCGCGGUCGCAAAGGUGCGGAGGGGACGCAGGGUGCAGGCCGGGCGCACUGAACUUCCUGCACGGCAGCCAGUCGCUGCCCGGGCCCAGCCCCGGCCCAUCCCGGCCAUGCAGGCCCGCACUCGCCCCUGCCCGAGCCUCCGGAGCACCGCUCGGGGCUCCGCUGCUCUGGCCUGGGGGGCGGGGCCGGCGGCGCGGCGUCAUGCAUAUGCAUGAGCAGCGCGGCGGCGGCUCCAUUGUGCCCUCCGAGCGGCGGCGGCGCGAUGGCGCGGGCGGCGGCGGCCCGGGGGCGGCAGGCGGCGCCGAGGGCGGGCUGAGCGCAUGGAGCGGCGCGGGCCGGGGGCCGCGGCGACGGCCGGGCCGGGCCGGGCGGAGGAAAGAGCUGCCAGCCAGGGGCUGGGUUGGCGCCUGUGUCCUGUGUCAGCCGAGUCGGUACAGCCGCCCUAAGGCCAAGCUGGUGGAUGGACUGCUGUUAUACAUCUGCUUCCUGACUUUCCCAGCCUCCGCCUCAAAGAACACUUAGGCUCUGCUCCUUCUCAGCAGCCGGAGCAGCAACUCCCAGAUAAAUUCCAGCGCAUUGGGCCUGUAGGCUGCUCCAUCACCAAUGAACCCCAUGAACCCCAUGAAACCUGCCCUGCCCCCUGCACCACACGGUGAUGGUUCAUUUGCAUAUGAGUCUGUGCCUUGGCAACAAAGUGCCACUCAGCCAGCUGGGUCACUGUCCGUGGUCACUACUGUGUGGGGAGUUGGCAACGCAACACAGAGCCAGGUUUUGGGGAACCCCAUGGGCCCUGCAGGAAGCCCCCCUGGUGGCUCCAUGAUGCCUGGUGUGGCAGGUGGCAGCUCUGCCUUGACCUCCCCGCAGUGCCUGGGACAGCAGGCGUUUGCCGAAGGCGGUGCUAGCAAGGGCUACGUACAGCAAGGCGUGUAUGGCCGAGGGGGCUACCCUGGGGGAUCCAGUUUCACUCCUGGGUAUGCAGGAGGCCCUGGAGGCCUGGGGCUCCCCACACAUGCAGCACGGCCCUCAACUGACUUCACACAAGCAGCAGCUGCAGCUGCCAUGGCUGCUGCUGCAGCCACGGCCACAGCCACAGCCACAGCCACUGUGGCUGCCCUGCAAGAGAAGCAGAGCCAGGAGCUAAGCCAAUAUGGAGCGAUGGGGACUGGGCAAUCUUUUAACAGCCAGUUUCUGCAGCAUGGAGGUCCUCGAGGGCCCAGUGUACCCCCUGGCAUGAACCCUUCAGGCAUGGGAGGAAUGAUGGGCCCCUCAGGCCUUUCCUCCAUGGCCAUGAAUCCUACACGGGCAGCAGGCAUGACACCCUUGUAUGCAGGACAGCGACUGCCUCAGCAUGGCUACCCUGGGCCUCCCCAGGGGCAGCCGCUGCCUCGACAGGGGGUCAAGAGAGCCUACUCAGAGGUGUAUCCUGGGCAGCAAUAUCUGCAAGGAGGCCAGUAUGCAGCCAGCACUGCCCAGUAUGCUCCUGGCCCCGGGCAGCCCCCUGGCCCUGCCUCCUCCUACGCAGGACACAGACUCCCCCUGCAGCAGGGCAUGGCCCAGUCCCUGUCUGCCCCUGGCCCCACAGGACUGCAUUACAAGCCCACAGAGCAGUUCAACGGGCAGGGCGCCAGCUUCAACGGGGGCAGCAUCAGCUACAGCCAGCCUGGCUUGAGUGGGCCUUCCCGCUCCAUCCCUGGUUACCCCAGUUCCCCACUGCCGGGGAAUCCCACACCACCCAUGACGCCUAGCAGCAGUGUUCCCUACAUGUCCCCAAGCCAGGAAGUCAAGUCUCCUUUCCUGCCUGACCUCAAGCCAGGCCUCAGCUCCUUGCACCCAUCACCCUCUGGAGGCAUCCCCUGUGACGAGCUGCGCCUGACCUUCCCAGUUCGGGAUGGGGUGGUCCUGGAGCCCUUCCGCCUGCAGCACAACCUGGCUGUGAGCAACCAUGUCUUCCAGCUCCGAGACUCUGUGUAUAAGACCCUGAUGCUGAGACCUGACCUAGAGCUGCAGUUCAAGUGCUACCACCACGAGGACCGGCAGAUGAACACCAACUGGCCGGCCUCGGUGCAGGUCAGCGUCAAUGCCACACCCCUCAGCAUCGAGCGUGGAGACAACAAGACCUCACACAAGCCCCUCUACCUGAAGCAUGUGUGCCAGCCGGGUCGCAACACCAUCCAGAUCACCGUCACCGCCUGCUGCUGCUCCCACCUCUUCGUGCUGCAGCUGGUGCACCGUCCGUCUGUCCGCUCUGUGCUGCAGGGCCUCCUCAAGAAGCGCCUCUUGCCAGCUGAGCACUGCAUCACCAAGAUAAAGCGGAACUUCAGUAGCGGCACCAUCCCUGGCACCCCUGGGCCCAAUGGAGAGGAUGGGGUGGAGCAGACGGCUAUCAAGGUGUCCCUGAAGUGCCCCAUCACCUUCCGUAGGAUCCAGCUCCCAGCUCGUGGUCACGACUGUCGCCACAUACAGUGCUUUGACCUGGAGUCCUACUUACAGCUUAACUGUGAACGGGGGACCUGGAGGUGUCCGGUGUGCAACAAGACGGCAUUGCUGGAGGGCCUGGAGGUGGAUCAGUAUAUGCUAGGCAUCCUGAUUUAUAUUCAGAACUCAGACUACGAGGAGAUCACCAUCGACCCCACAUGCAGCUGGAAGCCAGUGCCUGUGAAGCCUGACCUACACAUCAAGGAGGAGCCAGAUGGGCCAGUGCUGAAGCGCUGCCGUACCGUGAGCCCUGCCCACGUGCUCAUGCCCAGUGUGAUGGAGAUGAUUGCGGCCCUGGGCCCUGGCGCUGCCCCCUUUGCCCCAUUGCAGCCCCCUUCGGCCCCUACCCCCAGCGACUACCCCAGCCAGGGUUCCAACUUCCUGGGGCCUGGAACCUUCCCAGAAUCUUUCCCAUCUGCUACACCUGCCACCCCAAACCUUGCUGAGUUCACCCAGGGGCCACCCCCCAUCUCCUACCAGUCUGACAUUCCCAGCAGCCUCCUGACUCCAGACAAGUCUGCUCCUUGCCUCCCAGGCCAGAUGGCGCCAGCAGGUCACCUGGACCCAGCCCAUAACCCUGGACCACCAGGACUGCACACUCCCAACCUCGGGCCCACCCCAGGCACCCAGCUACACCAUCCAAACCCUUCCCCUGCAUCCAGGCAGCCCCUGGGCCAACCAAACACAGGGCCCAUCAGUGAACUGGCUUUCAAUCCUGCCACGGGCAUGAUGGGGCCUCCCAGCAUGACUGGGGCAGGGGAGGCCUCAGAACCAGCUCUGGAUCUGCUCCCAGAACUGACCAAUCCUGAUGAACUACUCUCCUACCUGGGUCCACCUGACCUCCCCACAAACAGCAGUGAUGAUCUGCUCUCACUCUUUGAGAACAACUGAUCCUGUGUUAACCCCUGGCCCGGCCAAGACACACUCAAAGAUAUCACCACAGCCUUCCCUCCUCACCCAGCCCACAGGCUGCCUGCGGGUCUCCCUGAAUCUCCCAAUGCACUCGCCCCGAGCUGGGGCCUGCCACUGCCAGCCCCUGAUGAACUGGAAGCAGCUCUGUGCUCCAAGGGGCCCCAGGCCAGUGGUCCUCACACCCUUCCUCCAUCAAGCUCUGCUUCAGAAUGGUUCUGUCUCGUGAGGUGCCCUGCAGGCCCCCACAGCCCCAUGUGCACAACCCUCUGCCCCAGACUCAUGGCCUUGCACUCGUCCUUCCACCCUGCCUGCUCCUACCCAGCCUGCAUCUUGUCCAGCACUGAUCCUUCUGUUUCUGCUGCUCCUCAGAAGAGCUGGCUGCUCGGCUGGCUCUGUACCCUUGGUCUGCAGCUCCAGUGGCCUGAGCCUGGCAGCCUCAGAACCUUACAGAGCACCAGCCAUUGGGGGCCUGGUGCUCCCACCCAGCUGAAUCUGGUUCAGGUGUUCCUCCCGCCACCCUGGGCUUCAGGCGGAGGCUGGGGUGGGAGCAAUAAAGCACAACAAUGUACAUAGUGUAGAAAUGCUAACAGCUGGGAAGGGAGGACAGCUGUCUAAGUCAGCGCUCCUCUGUGGACUGGCCUGCGCCCUCCUGUGCUGUCUGCCCCCUGCUGAGCACAGACAGCUCAGGGGGAGGUUCAACUCCUCUAGGGGUGGACAUUCAGACUCAGCUCUAUGUAAAUUCUCCUGUGAGCUGCUCCCCCAAGUUUCUCUUUUCUGUGAAAGUGAAGAAUUAGUACAGCUGUGUUUUUUAAACCACCUCAUCUCCACCCUGCGGCCCACACCCAGGUGGGGGAGGCCAUUGCAUCUGCUGGCAAAGCGCCUGGGCCUGCAAGCAGGGUGCUGGCCUGUUGUGUCUGUCUGUGCAAUCUAUUAAAGGACUCCCUCUUGGUGGGC